UUCAGUUAUAUUUUCCCCAUUGCCAGCAGAACUCUCUCCUCUAUUCGGAUCUCCGGUGUCGUGGGAACGCAAAUUCGCAUCGGAAAAAAUGGCUCUCCUAGCUAGGAACGCCCGCUGGCUGACCCAAACGGCGCCGUUUAUUCAAAGGGCAGCAACGAUCCACACCACUCUCCCGGCCCUGUCCCAGCAAACCUCGUCCACUCCGACGACCUACGCGCGCCCUCCCCCGCCGUCCACUUCUUCGCCUGGCCUAUCCAAGACGGCCGAGUUCGUCAUCUCGAAAGUCGAUGAUCUGAUGAACUGGGCGCGCCGCGGAUCCAUCUGGCCCAUGACCUUCGGCCUAGCCUGCUGCGCCGUCGAGAUGAUGCACACCGGCGCUGCGCGCUAUGAUCUCGACCGGUUCGGUAUAAUUUUCAGGCCCAGCCCCAGGCAGUCCGAUUGCAUGAUCGUUGCCGGCACUCUCACCAACAAGAUGGCUCCUGCUCUUCGCAAAGUCUAUGAUCAAAUGCCGGAGCCUAGGUGGGUGAUCUCAAUGGGAAGCUGUGCAAAUGGUGGAGGCUACUACCAUUACUCAUAUUCUGUUGUCCGAGGUUGUGACAGGAUUGUUCCAGUUGACAUAUAUGUCCCUGGCUGCCCGCCCACUGCAGAGGCCCUACUUUACGGACUUCUCCAACUGCAGAAAAAGAUCAACCGGCGCAAGGACUUCCUUCUUUGGUGGACAAAGUGAGGGGAGUUUUUUAAGUGCCAAUUCUAUCUUUAUCUGCAGGUUUAUGAAAAAAUAAAGUGAACAAUGGUAAUUUACCCUGAUAUGUGGCAUGAGAAGAAAUUUUUUGUUUUUGCAUUUUUAAGCUGUAUGGAAGCUUUUAGUUUGCCUGUUAAUGGCAUGUUUGUGUGCAUGUAGCUUUGGAUAAAUUGGGAACUCAAAUAAGAAUAUUAAUAUGUUGUCUGCAAA